AUGUUCUUAUUCAAACAAUUGUCUUUCUCAGCGGAAACUGUCGCUUCGUCUGAGAGGUCUGUAAGAUCAGUAGACGACGCCGGGUCAGAAGAGUUGGAGUCCGUUUCGUCGGCUAUUCCGGAUGAUUGGUUCGGUGACCGGUUAUUCGAUAUGAAAAUCUCCGUCCGACCGUCGGGUUCCAACGACUCGCUCAAUGUGAACUCGGACUCUGAUGAGAUUCGUCCAGUGAUUGAUGGCGUGGCAACUUCUCGCUCGGGCGAGACGGUGGAUCUUCGCAGUAAUUUCAAUGGGCGCGGUGUAGAUUCUGCUUCCAACUCAGGGAAGUUGGAACCUACGUCUCAAUCUGCGUCUACUACUUCCGAGACUUCCACCACUUCCCAUGUGGACUAUUGGUGCAACAGUCACAAGGAGAGCGAGUACGAUACUUCUGACGAGAGUUCGGUUACUGAAGAUUCGAAGUUCCUGCAACCUCCUUUGAUUGGACCUUCUAUCCCAAAUACUGGGUCAUCCUUAGCUCCCGUUAUAGGGCCUUCCCUCCCAACUCCGACCAUUGGGCCAUCCCUCCCUCCCUUUAUUGGGCCUUCCGUUCCAUCCCCGACUAAUGGGCCAUCGCUCCCUACGGUAAUUGGGCCUUCGCUUCCACCUUCAACUGUUGGGCCAUCACUCCCUACGGUAAUUGGGCCUUCGCUCCCACCUUCAACUGUUGGGCCAUCGCUCCCUUCGGUAAUUGGGCCUUCGCUCCCACCUUCAACUGUUGGGCCUUCUUCUUCAGACUCUUGUGAUGUGCCUUCAUUUCCUGUAACUACUGCUGAAGCAUCUUCUUCUUCCAUGGAUAUUGGGCCCGCACCCCCUCCUCGACAAAUCGGGCCUAGUCUUCCACCCGGAUUUGAUGUGCCGUGCGAUGAGGAAGAUAUGGCGGAGGAAGAAUGCUUCGGCCCGAUGCCACCCGUACCCACGCAGGGCGAGGGCGGUGAUGAUGACAUGAUGGUGUCGGACGAGCCGAUUGGUCCAAUGCCAAUUUCGAGCGAAGAGGCUGAACGCGCGGCAGAGGAAUAUGCUCUUCUCAGGAUGAGUAUGAUGAACAAGGAGGAUACGAACAAGCCAAAGCGUGAAGACUGGAUGCUGAAGGUUCCAGAGAAGGCGGCUAAUAUUGGUCUAGGAGCUCGCACAUUCAAGCGUGGCAGCUCGGCGACGGCAGAGAUGGACAAGUCGUGGGAGGAUAGCCCUCAGACGAAGAAACCAUGCAGUGAGGUAAGGUAUAUAGACAGCCGGGAAUCGCUUUUUCUGGAGACCUUGGUGUUUCUUAGUAUUCGGAGGUAUUCCUUUCUAGCCUCAUCUUGA